CGUUCCGGUCACUCUGUCUGGAUAUAAGAUUAUUGCACAUAUUUCUACUGAACAUAUAUACCCCUUUACAAAAUGGCCUCGCCAGAUCUAGAUCUGGAUAUCUCUCCUAUCCCCCGUUCGAGGGAGGAGAACCAGGAACGUGCUUUUAUUGCUGCUUCUCGUCGCAAGGAUCGCAGUCUGGAUGCUCGUCUUGAAUCCGCCAACCGGGCUUCGAUGCUGCACAAGAAGCGCACCGGGAAAUCUCUCUUCAUCACCAAGGACAUCGUUGAGAAAGAAGCCAUGUACGAGGAGGUCGACGAGCGCUACCAGGAAAAGCGCAUUCGCAUGCUCCAGGCCCAAAACAUGCAGAUUGAAGAGCAACUGCACAGGCAACUGCUCGCGGCGUUUGCUGCUCGUUCCGGUCCUCGCCGGACGGCCAGCAUGACUCCUCGUGGCUCGGUUGAUAGCGGCGUGCGCAAGAUGAGCCUCGAUCUGUCGAGUGUGCGCUCCUCCUUUUCCGAGGGCAUGCAGACUGGUCCCUUGACCAGCCCUAUGCCUAUGGGCAACCACCAGGGCUACGUCCUGUCUCCCUCGGCCACAGCCUACGACCCCAACCCUCAGUCCUCGUACAUGUCCAGCAUGGACACCCCGUCCGACUCGUUCUCCCAGAUCCCUUCCUAUGUCACCCAGCAGCAGACCACCCCAACAUGGCAGCCCAUGCGUCCAUCCUGGGCGGGUUUCCAACCACCGCAGCAGCAGGCCCCGACCCCCUUUCGGGACCGUAUGGCCUCUGCCCCCGAAAUCUCGACUCAUGGUUUGCCUUCUGUGUCUUACUCUCCCUCACCCACCUCAACUGCUACUCCUGCUGCUGCUACGGUGACGGCCAAUCCCGUGCAGCACACGCGGGUCCGAUCCGAACCGGGGAACAUCACCACGAUGCUACCCCCCAACUUCUCCAUGCAAAGCUCCGGCGCUAGCUCACCCAAGAUCGAAGGUUUCUCGACCGAAACCCUAUCCACUCCAGAGCUCUGCCCAACGCCCAGCACUCCCCACUCGCCUACCUCGACGGCGCAUGACACGGGAGUCCUGGACCUGGACAACCUGGGCAAGGAGGAAGGGAUCCUCUUCUCGCAUGAGGAGUUGGACCCAGACUUUGACGAGUUUAGUCGGUUUGCCUUUGGAUUGGGGAACAACGCCGGUCAGGACCGCGAGGCGUUUGGGGGGUUUGAUGAAUUUGUUACGCUGGAUGACUUUGCCGCUGUUGCAUGAUUUGAUAUGAGCUUGGAUUCUUGAUUGUUGGAUUCUUGGAUUGCUUGGGUGUAUAUUAUUUAAUUUUUUUUUUUUCUUUUCUU